ACAAGAAGCCAUCUUGAAAAUUCAUUCAUUCAUUCCUGCAAGUGAGUAAAACUUUCAACGUUUUAGCUCUAUUUGUUCUACUUCAAUGGAAAUGGAGAAUGAAGUUGAGAUUCCUGCGCAUUUUCUUUGUCCGAUUUCGCUACAACUCAUGAGAGAUCCAGUGACAGUCUCAACAGGGAUAACAUACGAUAGAGAAAGCAUAGAGGAAUGGCUAUUCUCAUACAAGCACAACACAUGUCCUGUAACGAAACAAGUACUGUCGAGCGACACAGAUCUAAUCCCGAAUCACACUCUCCGCCGUCUAAUCCAAGCGUGGUGCACUCUCAACGCCUCCUACGGAAUCGAACGGAUCCCAACUCCUAAGCCACCGGUUGACAAGAUCCAAAUAGCCAAGCUCAUCACGGAGGCUAAAAAGUUCCCUCACAUGCAGUUCACGUGCCUUCAACGCCUCAGAUCGAUUGCUCUCGAGAGUGAGCGGAACAGAAACUGCCUAGAAUCUUCCGUUGCAGUCGAGUUCUUAGUUUCAAUCAUGAAGAAGAAUAUUAAUCAAGAUCACGACAAGAACGUGAGUGAUGAAGUGUUAAGUAUUCUUUAUCAUCUCAAGCUAUCAGAAACCAAGUUGAAGAGUUUGGUAAGAAAUGACGAACAAUUCUUUGAUUCUUUUGUGGAAGUAUUGAAAAAUGGGAAUUACAGGUGUCGAGCUUAUGCUAUAAUGCUAUUGAAGUCCAUAUUCGAAGUUGCAGAUCCUGCAAAUUUGAUUAGUCUUAAACAAGAAAUCAUUGGUGAAAUAGUGAACGUUUUACGUGACCAAAUCUCGCAUCAAGCAUCAAAGGCUGCGCUGAAGCUUCUAGUGGAGAUCUGUCCGUGGGGACGAAACCGAAUCAAGACCGUCCAAGGCGGUGGAGUUGGACUUUUGAUCGAGCUACUUCUUGAAGUGAAGGAGAGGAGAGAAUGUGAAUUGAUUUUAGUUCUUUUGGAUCAGCUUUGUGGGUGCGCGGAGGGGCGUGCGGAGUUGAUAUGUCAUGGUGCGGGGAUCGCGAUUGUUUCGAAGAAAAUAUUGAGAGUUUCUCACGCCGCAAGUGAUAGGGCAGUGAAGAUUCUGAGCUCAAUUUGUAGGUUUUCUGCGACUCUUAGGGUUCUUCAGGAAAUGUUGCAAGUUGGCGUUGUGUCAAAGUUGUGUUUGGUGCUUCAAGUGGAUAGCAGUUCGAAGGCUAAAGAUAGGACAAGAGAGAUAUUGAGAUUGCACUCUAGGGUUUGGAGGCAUUCUCCGUGUAUUCCUCCUCAUUUGGUGUCUUCCUAUCCAUCCUGAUGAGAAAGUGGUUUUUUUUUUUCCUUUAAUUAUUUUUCAUUUGGGCCUCAUAUAUAUGUAUGGAUGGUGUAUAAACCUCAAUUGUUGAGAUAAAUUGUUAAUUGUAAUUUGGACUC